AUCUCCACAAACGUCCUGGAAGGCAUAUUCUCCGUCGACGCAACCUCCCAGCUUUCCCUAAUCCGCCACGGGUUCCUCCACACCUCAAUUACAAACAUCCCGCCAACCAGCCGGAUUCAAAACCCCAAAACAAUCGUUCAAAUCCUGCGGAAUACCGAGGCUUGCUUCUCGGACCUGAAGGGAGUUAUGAACGACUCCAGUAGUUUUUCAUGGACGGUUUUGCAGGAUUUGGUCAAAACCAUCCAUGGAAAACUUCUGAAGGAUGGUAAUAUCGAGGUGGAGGAGGACGAAGAUGGCGCACGAUACGCGGUCCUCAUUCCGCGGGGUGUGUACCGCCGAGUGCCGUGCUACACCACACAUGAAGGCACAGGUGUCGAAGUCCGGUUCUGCCCAUGGGAUCAGAUCGAGAGCGAAAUCGAAUGGUUUUUUACAUCCGCCCUCACUGUCCUCUCUCACCCACGCUUCUCCCCAUUCCAUUCCGCCGCUUUUCUCCACCACACCUUCCUCCGCAUCCACCCCUUCGCAGACGGCAACGGGCGCGUCAGCCGGAUCCUAUCAUCCAUACCCUUGCUUCGCACUGGGUUGCCUCCUGUUGCUGUAUCGCCGGAGCGUAAGGAC